CAGAAAACCCUGCCAGUGCAUCACAGCUAGGGUCGCAAUCAUGCCUGCCUCAAAGGGUUCCCGUUCUUCUUCCAAGAAGGCGAAGAAGGGAGGAAGCAAUGUCUUCGAUAUGUUCACCCAGAAGCAGGUGGCGGAGUUCAAGGAGGGCUUCCAGGUGAUGGACCGUGAUCGUGAUGGCAUCAUCAGCAAGGACGACCUCCGUGGUGUCUACGACGAAAUCGGCCGUAUUGUCACCGACAAGGACCUGGACGACAUGAUUGCUGACGCACCUGGCCCAAUUAACUUCACCACCCUCCUGCACAUGUUCGCCUCACGCUCCUCUGGAGAGUCCGACGACGACGAUGUUGUUGCCAAGUCUUUCCGUGCCUUCGAGAAGGAAGCCGGUCAGAUCGACUCCGAGCAGUUCCGUGCAAUGCUUAUGGCUUUCGGUGACAAGUUCACGCCCGCGGAAGUCGACGAUGCCUUUGAGCAGAUGGAAAUCGACGAGGACACCGGCAUCAUCGACUCCAACGCCCUCAUCGCCAUGUUGUGCGCCGGUGGAGCAGAAAAGGGUGAGGGUGAGGCUUAAAUACCCAAAUUCCCGUCCCAUCGUCCGUGCCCGAAGGAAAUGUGGGUGAGCAGUAGCGGAAGCCAUCUGCAGGGGUUGCUACCUGUAGCUGUGACACUCAGGCGCUUCUUGGCUAUCUUCUGGCCCCUGCUGCUGCUACUUCCUCUCUCAUCAAUGCUCGCCACUUCUUCCAUACGUCACCACCACCCAUAUUUCUUACGGGCGAAGUCACAAGCAGGAUAGACAAUUGAGGCUGGACCCUUCGCCCUCUCCCUCUUCUGUAAUCCUGCCGUCAUUAUCUCCAUCUACGAUAGACCCUACAAGCGGCGGCUUUCACCAGACCUCAAGAUCGGCGUCCGCGAACUCGCAGUGUCUUUGUGAAAAGAAAAAAGCCAAGCCGGGAGCGGAGUGACAGUGACAGUGCAUAUGAAUGUAAACAUUGCCGCCGUGAUCCACAACCAGAGGGCCUACCGCUCCCUUGCUAAAAAAAAAGUGUUACAUCCGAACAGAACUAAAACGAGACAUCUGUGACUAAAGUAAAGUACGAGGUCGUAGUGUGAGGGAGCUCAGUGUCAUCUGCCUCAUCUUUAAACCAGUGUAGUGACGACUUUUACGAGCUGGAGAAGCCACCGUGGUGACCGCUACGCAGUUGUCGUCACUGAUGCUGGACCAGAGUCGGGUGCCGGUGUACUGCAGCUCUAGCACUUGUAAAUGUUUCACUUGUGAAGCAUUGUAUUAACAUCGGCAAGAUAUAUUCAAUAAAAUGUUUUACAAUC